UCGCUUUGCGAAGUGAGUGACAAUGAGAGAGCGAUGUCCUGGCCGUUGGCCCUUGCAACUAUAGUAGCUUUUAGGAGCUUUGCCUGCGAAUUUCUGUGCCGCAGAGAACCUUUCCUAAAUCAUCGUGCAAUCCUCCUCCAUCCUCUAGGCUACCGCCAGCCAUGGAAGCAGCAGACGAGGAGAGCCCCCUUCUUCAUCUCCAGCCCGAUCGUCAGGAUGUAGGUCCAGAAUACACCAGCGAUGGAACAAUCGAUAUCAGCGGACAGCCUGCUCUGAAGCGCAACACAGGCAACUGGAGGGCGUGCUACAUGAUUUUAGGCGUCGAGUUCUGCGAAUGUGUUGCCUUCUUCGCAAUUGCGGCGAAUUUGGUGACCUAUCUCACGACAGUGCUCCACGAAAGCAAAGUAACCGCCGCACAGAAUGUCUCAGCCUGGGUCGGCGCGUGCUUCCUCACGCCGCUUAUUGGAGCCUUCUUGGGUGAUACAUAUCUGGGAAGAUACUGGACAAUGGUCGUCUCCCUCCCAGUCUCCACCAUCGGAAUACUCGUACUCACAGUUUCAGCAUCAGUCCCAACAUCUUACUACCGUGCUGGUGUUCAUCGUGCUGUGGUCUACCUAGCACUCUACCUUGUCGCUCUUGGGAGCGGUGGUAUCAAACCCUGCACUUCAGCCUUUGGGGCUGACCAGUUCGAUAGCGGGGACCCGAUGGAGCUACAGAAGAAGGGCUCCUUCUUCAACUGGUACUACUUCUUAAUCAGUCUCGGCUCCCUUCUGUCAGGCACAGUGCUUGUUUGGUUGCAAAACAACGUAGGGUGGGGAAUCAGCUUUGCGAUCCCAGCUGUGCUCAUGAUCUUGGGCCUGGCAGUACUUGUUGGUGGUUCGAGGGUGUACAGGUUUAGGAAACUGGGAGCAAGCCCAUUCAAAAGUAUCUGUCAAGUGGUCAUUGCGGCUGUCAGGAAGUGGCACGUGCAGUUGCCCGAUGAUAUCUCGCUUUUGUAUGAGCUGACAAAUUCGUCAUCACCAGCUGAAUCAAGUCAAAAAAUUCAGCAUACGAAUCAGUUCAGAUUCCUUGACAAGGCUGCCAUUGUGCUGCCCCCAUUAGACAAGACAAGCAAGAUGUUGCCGAUGUGUUCAUGGAGUCUCUGCACAGUGACCCAAGUUGAGGAGCUGAAGACUCUGCUACGGAUGUUUCCCGUCUGGGCAUCUUUCAUGAUCUUCUAUGCAGUUGGUGGGCAGACGACGUCAACAUUUAUAGAGCAGGGGAUGGUCAUGGACAACCGUGUAGGCCCAUUUGCAAUCCCGCCUGCCUCCCUCUCUACUGUUAGCGUGCUCAGCGCCCUUAUCUGGGUGUACAUCUACGAAACCGUGUUAGUCCCACUGGCUCGGCGUUAUACUGGCAAGGAAAAGGGCUUCUCGCAAACGCAGCGCCUCGGAAUUGGCUUUGCACUUUCCAUGCUGACCAUGGUCUACUCAGCAAUACUAGAGAUGAAGAGGCUAACGAAUGCACAAGCCAGUGGCAUGUCAGGCAGGAAUAUGCCCGUUCCAAUGAGCAUUCUGUGGCAAGCACCAUCAUACAUACUGACAGGUGCAGCUGGAGUUUUCGCCGGAAUAGGCAUGAUGGAGUUCUUUUAUGAUCAGGCCCCGUAUACCAUGAAGAGCCUUUGCGCAGCAUUUGCACAGCUUGCAGUUGCAUCUGGAUCUUACUUUAACACGAUCAUAUUUGGUGUUGUCGCUGCAGCCACGACGCGAGGUGGGGCACCUGGGUGGAUCCCAGACAACCUGAACGAAGGGCAUUUGGACUAUUUCUUCUGGAUGAUGGCUGCUCUUAGCUUACUGAAUCUGGCGCAAUUUGUGCACUACUCCAUGCGGUAUACAGAGAAGACAACUUCUUGACUUAAAAUACUGGAGACUAGAAAGGAGCUCAAAACCUUCCCCAUCAUAGAAUAAAAGUGGCUUCU